CAUCGCCACCACCAGUCCCUCUUCCACCUCACCCACCCUUAGCACCAUCAGCGACAGGGAGACUGAGAGACGACAUGAGAGGAGAGGAGACGACACCAGUCAGCCGGUGGGGAGAGACAGACUAGACUACUGUGAUCACAGGAGAGCAGCUCUCUCUCUCAGGACCGUUCGACCGGCCGGCCGGCCGGCCUGCCUCCGUCCGCCCCCGAGAGAGACGUGUGGUAUCGGGCCUCUCUCUAGGACAAGAAAUCAAGGAGGAGAAGAGCAGAUCUACAUCUGCUCCACCGAUGAGCGCGUCUCGGUUCAUCAAGUGCGUCACCGUGGGGGACGGCGCCGUCGGCAAGACCUGCAUGCUCAUCUCCUACACCUCCAACACUUUCCCCACCGAUUAUGUUCCAACUGUGUUCGACAACUUCAGUGCCAAUGUUGUGGUCGACGGAAGCACCGUCAACUUGGGUCUGUGGGAUACAGCAGGACAAGAGGACUACAAUAGACUGCGCCCAUUGAGCUAUCGUGGUGCUGAUGUUUUUCUGCUCGCCUUUUCUCUUAUCAGCAAAGCAAGCUACGAGAAUGUAUCAAAGAAGUGGAUUCCUGAAUUAAGGCACUAUGCUCCUGGUGUGCCUAUAAUUCUUGUCGGGACCAAGCUUGAUCUGCGGGAUGAUAAGCAGUUUUUUGUUGAUCACCCUGGUGCUGUUCCUAUUUCCACUGCCCAGGGGGAAGAGCUGAGGAAGCUAAUCGGUGCAGCUGCCUACAUCGAAUGCAGUUCAAAAACCCAACAAAACAUUAAAGCGGUGUUUGACGCGGCCAUUAAGGUGGUUCUCCAGCCUCCAAAGCAAAAGAGGAAGAAGAAAAAGGCGCAGAAAGGAUGCGUCAUUUUAUAACUAGUAAAUGGCAGACUCAGCAGAUGUUCCGCAACAUCUUUUGCUGCCUCUGGCUGCGCUUCAAAGGACCAGCACAAGGCAUAUCUUGUUGUGGUGCUGGUCGUGAAAGAUCCUGAUACACUUGGUUUCUAGUGUCGUACUACGAGUCAGUCAUGCCUGUUGACCGAUCACUGCAUGUUUUGUAUGGACGAAACAGAACUUAUCAUCGGUGAAUUUGCAAUAUAGCAGGUUGCUGAAACUAGGCAGUCACUUGACUAGUCA